CCGCCAUCUUUGCUGCCCGGACGCCGAGCGAGAGGCUGACAAGAGAGUCGGAGCCGCCAUCCGCUGCCAUCCGUCGCGCAGACCCUGCCGGAGCCGCCGCCGCUAUGGACGAUCGGGAGGAUCUGGUGUACCAGGCGAAACUGGCCGAGCAGGCCGAGCGAUACGACGAAAUGGUGGAAUCAAUGAAGAAAGUAGCAGGAAUGGAUGUGGAGUUGACAGUUGAAGAAAGAAACCUACUGUCAGUUGCAUAUAAGAAUGUGAUUGGAGCCAGAAGAGCGUCCUGGCGGAUAAUCAGCAGCAUUGAACAGAAAGAAGAAAACAAGGGAGGAGAAGACAAACUAAAAAUGAUUCGGGAAUAUCGGCAAAUGGUUGAGACUGAACUAAAAUUAAUCUGUUGUGACAUUCUGGACGUACUGGACAAACACCUCAUUCCAGCAGCAAACACUGGCGAGUCCAAGGUUUUCUAUUAUAAAAUGAAAGGGGACUACCACAGGUAUCUGGCUGAAUUUGCCACAGGAAAUGACAGGAAGGAGGCUGCAGAGAAUAGCCUGGUGGCUUAUAAAGCUGCUAGUGAUAUUGCAAUGACAGAACUUCCGCCAACGCACCCUAUCCGCCUAGGUCUUGCUCUCAACUUUUCCGUAUUCUACUAUGAAAUUCUUAAUUCCCCUGACCGUGCCUGCAGGUUGGCAAAAGCAGCUUUUGAUGAUGCAAUUGCAGAACUGGAUACGCUGAGUGAAGAAAGCUAUAAGGACUCGACACUUAUCAUGCAGUUGUUACGUGAUAACCUGACACUAUGGACUUCAGAUAUGCAGGGUGAUGGUGAAGAACAGAACAAAGAAGCACUGCAGGAUGUGGAAGAUGAAAACCAGUGAGAGGGACGUCGAAGCCAACAAGAGAAUCCAUCUCUGACCACCCCACUCCUCCCCAGCCCUCCCCCGAAAACUCCCCGUUGUCACUGAGAACCACCAAAUCUGACUUUUACAUGCGGUCUCAGAAUUUAGGUUCCUGCCCUGUUGGUUUUUUUUUUUUAAACAGUUUUCAAAGUUCUUAAAGGCAAGAGUGAAUUUCUGUGGAUUUUACUGGUCCCAGCUUUUAGGUUCUUUAAGACACUAACAGGACUGCAUAGAGGCUUUUUCAGCAUUACUGUAUUGUCUCCGUGCCAGAUGUGGCAAGAUAACCAUUAGAAAUGGAUAUUACAUUGGAAUGCCAUUAGACUUCUAGGUGAAGCGAGAGUCUAGGAGAGAGGUUUAUCGCACUGUAGGGCGCAUGUGGUGGCAUUUUUCCUUUUUAUAAUUGUUUAAACCGAAUUUUAUACCAAUGUUUAAAAUUAAUUGGGUGUUUAGCUCGAAGUUACAGGUUGCGUUGGAACGUUUAUUGUAGUGGUUUUGCUGUAAAAAGUGUUUCCAAACUGUGCUGAAAUGGUGCUGGUAACAGCCCAACAAUCCGUGGCUGCUCAUUCUUGCCGACUUUGACCUUCCCUCACAGCAGGUUAGCAUUGAAGGUGGUAUUGAAAAGCCUGCAUGCGUGUUCAAUUCUUUGGUUUUUCUCCUUCCCUCUUCCCCUUCUCCCCCUUUACUCCCUGCCCUCCUUCGCUCGCUCAACCUCUUUCGUUCAGUAUGUGUAACUUGAAGCUAAUUUGUACUACUGGAUAUCUGACUGGAGCCACAGAUACAGAAUCUGUAUUGUUCUUACUGAAACACAGCAUGGAAUUAACAUUAAACUUAAAUAAAACAAACCUAAAUUAAAAAUGCCAAAAAUUAUUGCGACUCCAUCCUUUAUACUUCUCAAAUAAAGACUCUGGUCCAAACA